ACAAACAUGGACGCGGGACUCUCCCGCCAAAACCAGAAAGUGGCCAUAGUGGGCAUCGGCUGUCGCUAUGGCAACGGGAUCGACAACGUCAAGAAGUUCUGGGAGAUGUUGGUGAAGGGGUUAGACUGCACCACGUCGGUACCUGCAGAUCGCUUCGAUGCCAGCUACUUCCUAAGUCCUGGAGAGAAGAGGGCGGGCAAGAUGUACAUCAAGAACGGUGGCUACAUCUCUCAGGACCCGUACAUGUUCGACAGGCAGUUCUUUCAUAUGCCACCCGACGAAGCAGCUCAUCUAGAUCCACAAGUCAGACUCCUUCUUGAAGUCACGUGGGAGGCGCUUGAGAAUGCUGGGAUACCAGCUUCUUAUAUACGAGGUUCCAAGACAGGUGUCUACAUGGGCGUGACGGCACAGGAGUACUCAUCAUUUGCCUGUACACCAGUCCACAACAUGAAUCAAUACUCUAACUCGGGUACCAACUCCUGCAUGGUGUCCAACCGCAUCUCAUACGAAUUCGAUCUGCGUGGACCCAGUUUCUCCGUGGACACUGCCUGUUCAUCCUCCCUGUAUUCCAUCCAUCUGGCGUGUGAGGCACUCAAACAGAACUCCUGUACCAUGGCUCUUGCUGGAGGAGUCAACUUGAUCCUUACACCAGUUACAUCCAUUGGGUUUUGUCAGGCUGGUAUGCUGUCAGGAGACGGAAAGUGCAAAAGCUUUGACCAAUCGGCGGAUGGAUAUUCACGCAGCGAAGGUGCCGGGGUUGUGGUUUUGAAACCGUUGUCCGAGGCUCUGAAGAAUGGCGAUCGAGUUUACGCUGUACUGCGAGGAGGUGCACUGAGUAAUGAUGGCCGCACACCGGGUAUUGCAAACCCAAGUUUCGACGCGCAGGUGGAUUUGGUGAAGAGCGCUUGUCACAACGCCAGAGUGGACCCCCAUCAGAUUGUCUACGCAGAGGCUCAUGGCACAGGAACACGGGUUGGGGAUACUACCGAGGCAGGUGCCUUGGGCGAGGCUAUGGGACGAAGUAGAGGACUCAAACAUCCUCCGUUCUAUAUUGGGUCCGUCAAAUCAAAUGUGGGUCACUCUGAAGGUGCGGCAGGAGUCGCUGGCAUUAUCAAGGUCGCCUUGUGUCUGUAUCAACGGAAGAUCCCACCAGUCGUGCAUUUUAAAACACCGAACGAAAACAUCGAUUUCAAGGCGCUAAAAAUAAAUGUCCCAACUGAGCUGAUACCGUGGCCAGACCGAGACGGUUGGCACUUAGCUUGCUGCAGUUCCUUUGGUUUCGGUGGAGCAAAUGCAAACAUUGUUCUUGAAGGGCCAACAAAUCCUCAAGAGAAUGGCCAGUUCAUGAAGAUUGGUAAAAAGUUGAGUUGCUUCCUCCUAUCUGCAGCCAGCUCCGAUGCUCUUCGUCAAAAAAUAAAAGAUUGGCUAUACUUUCUUACCGAUAACACACAGAUGCCAGACGAUGCUUUCUACUCGUGUCUGUACACGGCCGCCUGUCGUUCACAGCACCACACACACCGUGUGGGUUUUGCUGUCAACUCCAAGGAAGAUGCGAUCCACCAACUUCGAAUGAAAGUUGAAGCUGGAGGCCAGCAGACCUUGGAUCGGUCUGUUGAAGGUGUAGCUCCAUCAGCCACAAGAACUGAACACAAGAUGGUGUUUGUCUUCUCCGGCAUGGGUACUCAGUGGUGGGGCAUGGCGAGAGAGUUGAUGCAUACACAGCCUGACUUUGCUUCAAAGAUGAAGGUUAUCGACAAGCAGCUGCAGAAAUGUGGAGCGACGUGGUCAUUGGUCAGCAUGCUGUCUGAGGAAACGGACCGAGAGAGAAUCAAUCAAACAGAAAUUAGCCAGCCUUGCCUGUGUGCGGUUGCGAUAGGUCUUAUUGAUCUAUGGAAGUUGCAUGAUGUGGUUCCAGACGCAGUGGUUGGUCAUAGUGUAGGAGAGGUUGCAUCAGCCUACGCAGCAGGUCUCCUUAGUCUGGAACACGCAGUCAAGCUCAUCUACCGGAGAGGAAGAGAGCUACGUAAGACCAGUGGCUCAGGGAAGAUGGUGGCUGUCUUGAAUCGUGUUGAAGACGCUGUCCAAUUCGCUAGUCAAAGCAAGCAUGGGCAAGUGCUCGAUGUUGCGGCUAUCAACAGCCCAGGUCAAAUCGUUUUUUCAGGUGAGACUUCGGCUGUUGAGGGUCUGGCUAACGAGCUCAAGUCAGAUAACAUAAAGUGUGUGGUACUUAAGGUAAAUAAUGCUUUUCACAGCAAACAGCAGGAGGUUGUAAAGAACCCUUUCCUCAAAAAAGCGGGUAAGUUUCUUAAGGUACAAAACGCGUCGGAGAAGGGACGCACGAUUCCAAUGAUGUCAACUGUGACUGGGCGUUAUUUGACGCCUGAGGAGGCCAACUCUCCUGAGUACUGGUAUCAAAAUAUCAGACAGAAGGUUUCCUUCAUGGAUUCUAUUCAGAAUCUGGCAAAAGAUGGCUUUCGUGUGUUCGUGGAGAUAGGUCCUCACCCCUCACUCCUGCCAGCUGUCAAAGAUACCCUGGCUUCAAUUCAGGCUACAGGUGAUAAAUUCGUCACAACUGCAUCUCUGCUACGGCCCCAAGACACCACCACGACGGCAAACGAUUCUGAGAAUCUCCUGUUGGCGCAGAUGAGGCUUCAUGUGAGUGGCAUUCCCGUGAAGUUUCAUAGCCUGUUCAGCUCGACUUUUCGCCGAGUAGAGUCGGUCCCACACUAUCCGUGGCGGCGAGAAAUGUGCACAAAUAUUUCACCGCAAGGAAAGGAGAGUAUUCUCUUUCCUGUGAGGGAUGGCCAACACAUGCUCUUGGGAGAGCCCAGGGUUACCUUCUAUCUUCAAGAAAGUCCGGUGAAGAUAUGGCGAGCUGACCUGAAUGCAUCUCGGGUACCUUGGGUUCAGGAUCACGUCCUGCAAGGGGCUGUGGUUGUCCCUGCUGCUGCUUACAUGGAAACAGCUCUUGCUGCAGCUCGAUCGAUGAGCUCUGAUCCCUAUCCUCUGAUUCUGAGUGGAGUGCAAUUCGAUCGAUUCAUGUUUGCCUCAAAUUGCGAAGGUACCUUGGAGACAACAGUUGAGAAGAAGACACCAGAACAAUCUCUCUUCACGCUCAGGAGCCACGAUGCGUCAAAAGGAACGUGGAUCCAACAUUGUCACCUAAACAUCAUCUCUUCAUCUGUAGCCAAUCUUAGUGAGGUGAAGACAGCUACUAUUGAUGUAGAGAGCAUCAUAUCAAGGUGUGAAGUGAUCCUUCAAGAUGAGGACUUUUACACCAAGGCAUCAGGUUCUGGGUUCGAACUGGGAUCGACAUUUAGAGGAGUUCGGAAGAUAUCAAGUUCUAAAGAUUUUCGAGAAAGUUUAUUGUAUGCGGCUGCCCCUCCAAGUGUGCAGAGAGAAUUCCAUCGUUACGUUUACCAUCCAGCUUUCAUGGAUAGUUUCUUGCAAGCCUUUGCCGUGCUCCUACGUUUAGCAACAGAAGCAGAAAUGGAGGCUUCUAGCAAAACAUUCCAACCUGUGUAUCAGGUUCCAAGAAGCAUCAAGACGCUCACUCUCUCUGCUCCAACCUCACCGCAUGUUUGUAUCCACGCGAAAAUUGGCGGAAAGGACCAGCGUUUCUGUGAUAUUGAUGUGGCUGACGCAGCCACAAAUGAAGUAUUCUGCUCAGUAAGGGAACUUGUGUUUGAAACCAUUCAAGCUGACAAGAUGGAGCCCCAGAUGUGGAGUUUGUCAUGGGAACAUUUUGGUUCAGUGAAAGUAACAAACAGACCAUCUGAAUUCCAAUCCGCCAAAAACAAAGUGGUCGUCUUCCCGGAUGAUACAGAAUUAAGUGGUUUAUUUGUAGAUUCGUUGGUGAAAGUAGAAACCUAUGAUGUAACAGUCAUUGAUACGAAAAGUGCCAAUGCUUUGCAACGGGCAGUUUCCGUCGUUUCUGACAAUAAAGAAUCUGAUGCGGUUCUGGUCAUGAUGAACACUGAGGUUUCUGAUGUACAUUUGAAUUCGGGGUCUGUCAUGCGCAAGAAUGAGUUUGAGAAAUGCCAAAGAGGCGUAUUGUUUUGCUACUCCGUCAUAAAGGCUUUACAGAAGGAGGGGACCAAGACUAAGUUGAUUCUAUUCACAAAGGGCGCACAGUAUGCAAAAGAAGAGGACGACGUCAACCCAUUUGCGGCCAUCCUCAACACUAUCGGAGUCACAGUCAGUCAUGAAGAGCCUUCGGUUCGAGUGUUUACUGUUGACCUGCCCAUGAUCGCAAACAGCCUGGAGUGCGCCAAGAUUGCUUGCGAAAUAUUUUACAAGGAAGAUUACUAUCUGAAUGACGAAAAUGUAGUCGCCGCAAGGACAUCCAACUCCACACACCCAGAAGAUCAGGCUCUAACGUGGGAUUUCUUUUCACCUCGCUUGACAAAGGAAAAUCUCUCCAAAGCUUCAGGGGUUGUUCAAACAAAGUUCUGGUCAGUUGGUGAGCAAAAGAUAUCUGAUCGUAAUCGUGUCUUCAUUCACAAAACGCCUUCCAGUGAGUUUGAUAACACCGAUUCAGGCACUGUCCGGGUAAAGGUCGAAGCUUUUAGUGUUUGCAAUGGGCAUAAGUUGGAAGGGGACAACCAUUUAGAACCCAUAACAUUAGUGUACGCUGGUAGAGUUGACACAUCGGAAUCAAAAGAUGUCUGCGGAACGUAUUUGGGCCUUAUUUCUUGUAAGGAAGUCAAAUCGUCAAUGACCGCUUUGUCAAAGGAUUUAGUUGAGGUGCCUUCCCACCUGAACCCCAAAGAGGCAGUCAGUAUCGUUAACGAUUACUUCCCAACUGCCGUCUUCUUCAAUCAGGCUUUGCACGUCUCUGCAGGUAUGCGUCUUGUCUUCAAGUUCGACUCGCUAGAUAGUUGUGAUAUCGCAACGAUGCACCUGUCAACUACAUUGGGAGCCGAAGUGGUCCUCUUAACUGAUGGCCAUGCUGAUUUCGUGGAAACGAACGCUGAGAUAUCUGUGAGGUGUCUCAAUGAGGUAAAUAAAGCGUCAGUUGACGUGCUGUUUCUGUCUCUCAGAUCAUCAACCUUAGAUCAUACACUGCAGUCGUUGUUGCCAAAGUUGAGAAGAAACGCCACUGUUGUGAUAAUGCAACGACUGAGACAAGAUGCAAGACUUCCGAUGCUUCCUUCCCAGAUGAAGAUGGUGACCUUCGAUACAGAUCUCCAGUCAGCAGUUGAAGGUUUAUCCGAUGCCGAGAUAUCAGAUGCUCUGUCGAAUCUCUGGGAAAUGUUUGACCCAAAUGUGGAAGGUAGUCACCUGACAUGCAAAACCAACAAUGUUAAGGAACUGUCUUCUCUGGCUGCACAGAAUGUUGAAAUCCCCAAACAUGAAGUCAUCCAGGUAGCAUCAGCGGAGCUUAUGUUGCCACCUUCUCUUAAGCACGAUGGUUUUGUUGCUGAUGGAGAAUCGGCAUACUUCAUCACAGGAGGAAUUAAGGGGUUUGGUCUCAAACUUCUAGAGUGGCUUAUAUCAAGAGGAGCUCGAUACAUCUAUACUGGUUCAAGAGGGGAAAUAACUGAUGAUAUACAUGAGGUAAUACAUAAAGGAAAGGAAGUUGGUGCCACAGUGCAACACAUUCAGUUGGAUGUUUCUAAUGCCACAGACGUUGAAAAGGCACUGCAGGGAAUGAAGGAUGACCAGUGGCCGGCUUUGAAAGGCAUAUUCCACUGUGCCGCUGUCUUCAGUGAUGGAUUCAUCCAAAAUAUCACAGCAGAGUCAUGGAACAGUGUCAUGGCUCCCAAGGCUUAUGGGGCACUUCUAUUACACCAGCUGACACUUAAGCUUGGCAUCAAACUCGAUCAUUUCAUCAUGACCUCUUCCAUUGUGUCUCUGCUUGGCAAUGCGGGACAAGGCAGUUACUGUGCUGCCAAUGUCUUUUUGAACGCCCUCGCCCAGUAUCGACACAGGCGUAAUUUACCAGCGACUGCAGUGCAGCUUGGUUUGAUAAAUGACGUUGGGUUUGCAGUUCGCCGCGGUAUUGUUCAAAUGUGGGAGAAGACAGGCGUAGAAAGCAUGAGUCCCGAAGAGGCUCUUGGUGUGAUCGGUUGUGCUUUGUCAGUUCGACAACCACACCUGGGUAUCUCAGGCUCCUUUAAUCGGAAACUUUACGCAGCGACGCAUCAGGGUCUCAUGACACAACACUUUAGAGAAAAGCAUGGAACCAUGUCCAUUUUCAAGGAGUUGUUUCAAGACAGAGACGUAUAUCUAAUUGCCGCUGAUAGCCUGCAGCAGUCAAUUGUGAAGCUUCCACUCGCUAAAGCCAAAGAGAUGGUUAUCAAGACUUUGGCCAAGCUUCUCAGUCAGCACCUUGGGAUGUCCGAUGAGCCACCACAUGAUGCCUCUCCUGUUUCCCUUGGUUUGGAUUCCCUCAUGGCUUCAGAGGUUAGCCAGAUGAUCAGCCAGCAGUUCGAGGUCACUGUGGGAGCCGUGGAUCUACUAAACGACAAGAACACGAUCCAAGAGCUUUCGAAGAACAUCACAAAACAAAUACUGGCAAAGGCCGAUUCAACCAGCCAAGCUGAUUUAGGCAAUGAAGUGUCGUCCGUCUCCAAAGAGAAUAAAGUUGUCAUCGAGGGUGAGGUACCCACGUCGUUGGGAGUAAAGCUUGUGUGCUUUCCCUCCAACGGGGCAGGACCUUCGAUGUUUCUUCACUGGAUACAACAUCUGCUUCCAUUUGGAAUCCAAGUCUUGAUGAUCCAGCUGCCGGGUUGGGAAGGGCGUGAAAGCGAGCAACCACUGACAGACAUGAAAGAUAUUACACGUCUUCUCCACGAUGAGCUCAUGCCACAUCUUUCAGACAUUCCAUUCGUAUUUUUUGGUCACAGCAUGGGCAGUCUGAUCGCGUUUGAAGUUUCUCAUCUCCUUCUGAAGGAAGAAAGCAUCUGCCCUCGCCACCUAUUCGUCAGUGCUUGGUACGCUCCGACAGCACCUUAUCCUCACCCGAAAGAGCUUAAUAUCUCACCAGAAACCUUUGACUUGUUAAGAAAGACCCUGGAGAAUCACCCAAAGCUCUUUGCAAAUUUAGCGAGGAUCAAACAAGUAAAGUUCAGUUUCAUGGAUGAAAGGGCCUUCCUCAAUACAUCCAUCAUGCGACGGUUGUUACCCUGCUUAGAGGCCGCCAUUGAAAUUGUGAAAAGUUACGAUGGCAAACACGAGAAGCCGUUACCUUGUGACAUCACAGCUUUUGGCGGGAAACAAGACGGUUUUGUUCGACCAGAACUCCUGGAAGGCUGGAAGUUGCAGAGGUCCAAGAAGCAUUGCUUUAAGAAGACCAUUUUGCCUGGGAGGCAUAUGUACGUUCUGACAAACACGGCAGAAAUUGUGAAGGAAAUUUGUCUUACGUGCCAAAAAAUAGUAGCUCAAGAAUGAAGAAGUCAUUGUUUCCACAAAUUUAGAAUACCAAAUAGGAUAGCCUGCUUUCAGUACACA